UCACCGAAAAAAUGGCAGCUCACAGGCGAAUCUUCACGUCGGUGCUUCUCAUUGUUUGUUUCGUUAGCUGUUCAGUGUUUAUUCUCACAGAAGGUCAAGAAACGAAGGUAACUGUGGAACAGCAUGUCACUGUUUCAGAGAAUCCACAAACUGACUCCGAAACAGCCGAACGAACAACCGAGCAGCCCGCGGUGGAGGAGAGGCAGUGGGAGGCCACUGAGGUAGAAGAGGCGACUCUGGAUGAUGCUGCAGCCGAACAACAGGACCCUUCAGCCCUUGAAACAGUGGUCUCCUCGUCUAUACCACACCCUAAAGAUGAUUUUCAGGAGGAGCUGGUCAUCAGACCAUUGCAUUCAGGAGAUAUCUAUGCCAGCUUCCAGUUUCGUACUCUGUGGGAGAUGGAUUUCAUGAGUGGAAAGAAAGUGUCCCACUACCGGCUGUUUCCAAAGUCCUUGGGCCAGGUCAUCUCCAAGUUCUCAGUGCGGGAGCUGCACAUUUCCUUCACACAGGGCUACUGGAGGACUAUGCAGUGGGGACAGCCCUAUUUGCCAUCUCCUCCUGGAGCUGAGCUCUGGGUCUGGUUCCAGGACUCUGUGACAGAUGUUGAUGGCACGUGGAAGGAGCUGACUAAUGUUCUGUCAGGGAUAUUCUGUGCCUCCCUGAACUUCAUAGACUCCACCAACACCGUGCAGCCCAGUGCAUCCUUCAAACCACUGGGAAUAGGGAAUGUUACAGACCACCGCUUCCUUCGCUAUGCCACCCUCCCCCGAGAAAUUGUUUGCACUGAGAACUUGACCCCUUGGAAAAAACUCUUGCCUUGUGGUUCCAAGGCAGGUCUCGCUGUCCUGCUGAAAUCAGAGAAACUCUUCCACAGCAGUUUCCACUCCCAGGCUGUUCACAUCAGACCUGUGUGUCAAGACUGGCAGUGCAAAACCACAUCCUGGGAGCUGAGACAGACACUGAAUGUGGUCUUUGACCUGCACACCUCUGCUCAGGGCAAACGUGAGUGGUCUCUGUUUAAGAUGUUCUCACGAACCCUGACAGAAGCUUGUCCUCUGGCAUCCUCCAGUAAAAUCUACAUCGACAUCACAGACAACCCUGAGGGGGAGCAGUUUGAGGUGACCCCGGCCACUCCCCUGCUGAGCCAGGCCGUGGUGCUGGGGGACAGACGGACCUUCUCUGUCUAUGAUCUCACUCAACAAAUCACCUUUGGCACCGUGCGCUCCCUCAACCUGCUGAUCCGGUGGAAAUCCAGCGAGGGUGACAUGCUGCGUCCCUUGCUCCACGCAGAGCGUUAUGUGGCUGGAUACGGGCUGCAGACAGGAGAGAUUCACACGCUGAUGUACAACUACCACCCCUACAGAUCUUUCCCCGUACUUCUGCUGGACUCGGUGCCGUGGUACCUUCGACUCUACAUCCACACGCUCACGGUCACCAGCAAGGGAAAGGACAACAAGCCCAGCUACAUCCACUACCAGCCGUCUAAGGACCGUGUGAGGCCCCACCUGCUGGAGAUGCUGGUCCAGCUUCCUCCAAACUCUGUCACUGAGGUCACAGUGCAGUUUGAGAGGGCUCUGCUCAAAUGGACUGAAUAUACCCCCGAUCCCAACCAUGGCUUCUAUGUGGGGUCGUCAGUAAUUAGUUCCCUUGUACCAAGCAUUGUUGCCAUGGAUACAAACAGCACUCAGGAACGCCCGCUGUUUAGCAGUUUUUUUCCUGUUAAAGAGGAGUCCAGCUACUUUAUGCGAGUCUACACUGAGCCUCUGCUGGUCAACCUGCCCACCCCGGACUUCAGCAUGCCUUAUAAUGUUAUCUGCCUGACCUGCACUGUGGUUGCCGUGGGUUACGGCUCACUCUACAACCUACUAACCCGGAGUUUCCAGAUAGAAGAGCCAAACCCAGGACUGGCCAAGCGGAUAGCAAACAUCAUCCGCAAAAUGAGGGGCCUGCCACCACUUUGAGGCUUGACACAAAACCAGCAAGUCCUUUUUUGGAAGGGAAGUUUUUUCCUUUUGGUGUAACCACUGGUAAACGUGACACAUUCAGGGAAGAACUGAGUCUGAAGCACUGGGAUAAAUGUUUUUAAAACAGACAACUUGAAGGUUUUGUGUCUGGAGGAAGACAAAUGUUUCUUUUGGACAUAAAUGUAUUCAGGAUCAUUUCCUGCUGUCUAUAGAGGAUGUUAGAAAAAGUAGACAUUUGUCUGCUGUGAUGUAAAGGGAGAGCUUUGUUGUUGUUUAACAAGCAGAAGGAACCAAAGCUGUGCUGUACGCUGCUGGGCUAACUGCUUCCAAAUGGUUUGGUUUGAUUGUUUUGAUUUGUGGGUUUUUGAAGCCAGAACUCUACUAAAACAUAACAGAGUCAAAAUGCAUCAUAUAACUGUCUAAACAGGGGUGAAAGUCUGUUUAUAGAAAUGUAACACUAAUGGCCUUAAAACGCAUUGACUGAGUGGUCAGAUUAAGUAUGAUCACCUUUGUUAUCAUGCUGAAUUUCUGACCUGUUUAUUACUACACCCAUUUAGGGAUGAUACAAUGAAAUUAUGCAUUUUCACUAGGGCUGUCAAAAGAUUAACAUUUUUAGUCCUAAUUAAUACCAAGAUUUCUGUUGUUAAUCACAAUUAAUUGCCUCCAUUUUGUACCAUUUUUAGAUGACCCUUUUUUGCAAUCAAAACUGUUUGCAUGUCAUUUUGGAUUUUCCUACUGUCUCAACCCAAGGCUAAUUGACCUUGUGUUUGGAUACAGACCUGCUUUUACUGGAAGAUCAAACAUUUUAAACUAAACUUAACCACAGAAUAAAGAACUUGGAUUGUAAAGGAUGUACAGGUGCAGAUGAUUUUUGACUUGCCCACUAAGCUGUCUGUCAGUUGACAUUAAGCGGCAGUGGUGGACUUAUUGCACAUCUCUGUUUCUGCAGGAAGACACUGACAUGGCUUAACCAAAGUGUGCUAAAAUGCCCUAAAGCAUGAGAUCAAUCACAAUUUAAAAAAAAUUGUGCACAAAUUGUGGUCCUUGAUUAAUUGCAAUUAAGGCAAUCAAUCUUGACAGCCCUAAUUUUUAUAAACCUUAUUUAUGGCAGAGUAUCAGCAAACUCUAAAAUACAGAGUGACCUGUUUUCAAACACUAAAAGGGCAUCGCACCAAGGUCAAAAUGUUCAAAAAUAUUUGCUCUUAAACUCCUGAGACCUGACCAUUUGUUUAGAAAGCAUUUUUAUUUUCUCCCACUUAUCAGUAGGACCCACUGAUGGACUACAAGGGCUUGUUAAAGCAAAGCAUAGACAAAAUUUCCACUAAAAGUUUGACUUUUUUUUUUCAAAAUUCCUUACAAAUUUCUAAAAAUCUUUAAGAAAUUAAGUUAAAUGUCUGUGAAUGUUCUUUAAAAACUAUUUAGCAUAUCCUGUUUUUAUUCAGAUUUCCCCCAAAUGUUUCAGUGAAUCUUUACUAUAAAGCCUAAAACUUUCCGGUAAAAUGUUCCCGAAAAUUCCUGAAAAAAUUCACACAAAUUUCCUUGAAUUUCAAGCAACCAACCCCUUGAAAUUUCUAACCAAAUUAAAAAAAAAAGUGACAAAAACAUUCUGGGAAAUAACAGAAAAUUCCCCCAAUUUCUGCCCAAAUUCCCCAGAAAUUAAAAUUUCAGAGCAAAUUUUCCCAACAUUUAAAGCAAAUGACUAAACUUAGAUGGACAUUCUGGACAGUUAUCUCAAUAUUCUAACAGCACAAAUGACUUUUGUGUUGUAUAAAAUCCAGAAUGUAAUGUCGUCAUGUGUACAUGCAGGAUAUUAGGAGGUUAAUGUGGAAGGGAAGUUAUUAUUUUUAAUUUAUUUUUUUCUUUUUUUGCUUUAAAUCGUGUUGAUUGAGGGAAAAGACUUUAGGUGACUCACACUUACACUGAAACUUAUCAAAACCAUACAGUUUUUUACCAUUACACCAUUUAAACAGUCUUUAAAAUUUCUAAUGCCUUGUUCUCUAAACAUUUAUUUUGCACUCAUUGGCUGUUAUAUUUACUAUAAUCUUUAAUGUGAAAUAAUUGCAGGUCUCUUCCUAGGUAAUUGGUUUCUUCAGGUUGUAGCCUCAUUUACUCAACAGUUUGAUGCAGUUAAGCCUCCAAGAAAUACUGGCAUGAAAAUGAAACUGUCCUCUGAUUUGCUCAUCUGCCUACGUUGAAAGCAGUACUGUUUGUAUGAAUGUGUGGGUGUCCAGUCUUUAAUGUUCUUUAUUGCCUUUUCAAUAAACUGAUUAAAAUCUUC